CGAUCGCAAAAGGUGAUUGUACUGAUUUCGUUUGCACCUGUUUCCUGUCUUCUUCGCGUGAUCCACGUCUCUGAGUUUAACCAUCACUUGAAUGUUCUCUUUAGACUGAAAUCACUUUCGAAACGUUGGAAGAAAACGGGAUGUCGUAAAAUUGGGAACAUAUAAGGUCGAGAUCACCUUUCAGAGUCGUACAACCUCGCCAAGUGUACACACUAGGACAGCAAUCGUUUUUUGCAAGUGGUUUCUAAUAUUUGGUGCCACCUCCUGUUCUUAUUUGUUCUGUUUCUCCUAUUAUCAAUCGGCUGAGAAGCGCAUGAGGCUGCGCUCGUUCUACCGCCUCGUCAGAGACAUGAGCCGCUUCGUACAACCAGUCCCAACUUGUUUUUGACAGAGUGAUUUUAUCCCUUGUUUUUCGCAUUGCCUUCCACAUAUGACCUUCAUUGGGAAAAAACUCUUUCGACUUUCGUGAAACGCUAAUUGUGCGUGACCAUUUUCUUCACGUGAAUUACAGCGCUUGCAUUUCCUUUCUCGCCAUAAUAGCCGACGGCUUGACGUUGCGAGGUAUUCUUGGGCGGGUAUCUUUCCGAGGAAGGUAUAUAGUCGAGGACGAAACCUGUGUUCGGUGUAACUCACAUGUCGUCUGACCCUCCUUUUUAGACCAUGUACGAUGGUGCCUGUCAGUAGCUGUGCUUAUUGUUACCGCCCAUCGUUCCUUACUUCUUUUGGUCCGCGUGUGCAAUCCUUCCGUUGAUAAGCUUUCCAAGGGUUCAUUUCUUCCGGCAUCCAUAGCUUCCGUUGUGGCUCGGAAUUACGGCUCGUCCUUUGCUGAUACAGUUCUCUGUUCAACUUCCCUGUUCAACAUGUAGUCACUCACAAUCUGCUGGUGAAAACGAACUCUGUGUUCUGUCAUAACCGGUUUAUCUGACGCUCCGCCGUCUUGCAAAAAGCGAUAAAGCACACCAAUAUUUCUUCUAAUUCCGCGCUAGCGUCUGGAAAAAACCGUGGCCAAUAGCGGCGUAUAGAUGUGGACAGGUGGAGAGAGGACAGCAGGGAGGAGCGUCUUGGGCCGACUUCAGAGGGAGCUGUGGAACGCCAAUAUUAUAGCUGCUAGAAGGGCACAAAUAUAAUACAAAAAUUAGGAUAACCGUGUCACAGGACCAGGAAUGACACUAUGUUCGCAAUAUAUAUUUUGUUACCUCAGAUGUUAGCUCACGACUAAUGAUAUUAGCGGUAAGCUAAUAUCUGUAACGAAUAUAUAUUUAAAGAAGAAAAAAAAACACACCCUGUAUAGCCGCUGCAGUUUUGCCCUGAUGACGAGUGUCUUUUUACUUUGACCUACGGAGAAUAUCCAGAAGCAGCGUGGGGGGCGUGAUUGAACUGCGCUGUGUGUGUUCCUCUUUUAAAAUUGAGGGCGCCAAUGUAGCGAUUUGUCACCUGGGAAGUUGGUGACAUGGCAGACACAUCACUGCUGCUUUGCUGACCUGCUUCUCUGGCACUCUGCCAAUAAUAAGACAUUGUGUUUCACUUGUGUCCGCAUUUUCUCCUUUCCAAUCCCUCUCACUUUAUGUUUCUCUAAAAAAAGAUAUUUAGAAAACGAUACCAUUUUCUUCACUGCUGCUCCACUAUAGGAGGCGACACAUGGCGUUUCUGCCGUACAAAAUGGUGAAGGGACUUUGUCAUCGCUCUGCUAGUUCCCGAUCACUUUGACAAAAAGACGAGAAGAGAAUAAAAGUAUCGCUCUGGAGAUUCUGAGUACACGGAGUAGGUCCACUGCGGCGCCAAGCAAGAAAUGUCAUUGCGUAGAAGGACGUACCUAUCUCGUGUAUCUUGAAGAGGUACUAAAAAGUGCUGAAGAACAUGUCCCCCAAAUAUGGAGUUAUGGUGAUGAAGGAUCACUGAAUGGAGGGAAGUGAAUCAUGAAAAUCAAGAAGAAUCUCCCGCUGCGUUGGCCUUUGCCCCGAGAUACGCCUCAAGAGAAUACAUGAGCAACCAAUGUCCAAGCAAACAUUAACACGGAGCACGGGAGAGUGAAGACCGUUGGAACAUGAUGCAUUGGUGCCACGUCUCAACGUCAAUAUGUUUCAUCGGACUUGUGGCAGGAUCUCUGGCGACCUCGCUUUUUGAGAAGAGGGUUGGUACCUGCCGGAUGGAGCAUAAGUUCUACUUCCCCUCGGAAAUGUUCAACCAAGUUACGUGUGCAAGGUGUUACAAUUACAUGGCCAACCUGGCUUUCAAAAACGGAUCCCGCCUCAUGUACUGUUGGCCGGGUCGUCUGUGCAGCAGCACAACUAGUUGCCGUAGCAACGACACUUCUCAGUGUUUUGUGCCCUAUUCGAACCAGAGUGAUCAUAUUGUCUACGAGAGUUUCAAGAGUCGCCUCUACGCUGAACGGUGGGAGUCUUGUUGCCGUGCUGCGAGGCAGUGCUGUAAUGAGAUGCUCCAAGAGCAGCUGAACCCUCUCCAAGAGGGACUUCACUGUCCGGCGACAUGGGAUGGCUGGACUUGCUACAGGGACACUCCUGCAGGAACAACUGUCCAGAAGCCGUGUCCCUUCCACGCUUACUACAUCACGGAAAGGCCACAAUGCAUCAAAACAUCAAAGAAAAUCUGCUGGGACAACGGAACGUGGUACCACAGCCAGGAAUAUAACAAAGAGUACACUUUCUAUGACUGCGGUUCUCUAGAAUACCACCGGUCUAUGACAGUAUUUUCCAUCGUAUUACAUUCUUUGUCUGUUAUUGUCCUCGUGCCAGCUAUCAUCAUUUUCUCCAUUUACAAGCAACUUCAAGUUCAUCGCAUUUCGCUGCACAAGAAUUUCUGCGUGGCCAUGGUGCUGUACGACAUAAGCGUUAUCCUGGUCGACUCUCUCUUCAUUCUGGACCACGUGAACGAGGAGAAGCAAAUACGCGUCAACCAGAAUCCAGACCUUUGCAAAGUGUUGUACACUUUGUCACGGUACUUUCGGCUUUGUCAGUACGCCUGGAUGUUCUGCGAAGGUUUCUAUCUGCACAAACUCAUUGCUUCUGCUUUUGCCGAACAAAAAUCUCUUCUUGUAUUCUACGUCAUUGGCUGGGGGUGCCCUGCUAUAUUUGUGUCCAUAAGUUCCAUUCUGAGAGCUCUUCGCGUCGGUCAUCCUUGCUGGAUGGACAACGUGGAAGGAUAUAAUUGGAUCACUUUGGCGCCUGGUCUUUUUUGCCUAUUUGCCAACUUCGUGUUCCUCUGUAAUAUAAUACGAGUAUUGGUGACCAAGCUCAGGAGUACACACGCCAACGAACCUAGCCAGUUCCGGAAAGCCGUUCGCGCUGUGCUCGUGCUGUUCCCUUUGUUUGGGAUGCAUUUCCUGAUGACUGUGUACCGCAGCCCGGCCAACUGUGGACCUUGGGAGGUGUACCAGUAUAUCAGCAAGGCUUCCGACGGCUUACAGGGAUUCUUCGUUGCUGUCAUAUUCUGCUACUUGAACGGGGAGGUCCUCCACCUUCUGAAGCGCUCGUAUGGGCGGUACCGCCUGCAACGGGGCUUCUCCGGUCCACACCGUCGGAGCAUGGCCAUGACACGUAUGUCCGUCUCUACGCACGUCUCAUCGACGGGUGACAACUUCUGUCCGAACAACGGUUCCAGCAAGAAGUACGCAUGCACCCGAAACGGAGACGUCAUACCUGAGGAUGAGGUGUGGUACUAGUGCAUCUCCGCCGUUGAGUGGAGCGUCCCUCGUGGCUUGUGUGUAACCAGGAAACUACAAUAGAUGUUCACCACGGUGCGCCGUGCAAGGCACUUAUGGUUGCCAUUUUACGUGCCAUUUUACGUGCAGUUGCUCGUGGCACGUUUCCUGCACCCUACACCGUGCGAUGAGGGUGAGCGUUUCAAAGAUAUGCGCUCAGAGCUGAGGAACAAGACAACGCCACGCGCAGUCGUGCACUUUGGCUGGUGUGAGCGCGUUCGUUUUCCGUUCAAAACAUUACUUUCGGCUUUUUUGCGCUUUUAAGAGGACACGUGGCAUGCACCUAGAGAACGGGAUGUCGUGUUAACAUGAACUACGAAAUCUCCAAAGACAUUCCGAAGUGUAUUCGGAAGAUUUCAUGUCCUCCCCAGGUACACACAGGAGGAAACCGACGAGAAGCACUCCAGUGGCCAUGGAUGAGGAGAAGCACAAACACGUGGUCCCCAGGGCAACGUCCUGGGGUACACACAAAACUGACACAAUCAACGUUUUUGUUAUGGUGUUAUGACGUUCAACAGUGCAAGCUCAAGAUGCACCUAGAUGUCGCGCUGGCGCGCCUUCGCUGUUGGAUGGUGCAGCUUGCAACAUUUCCCGUCUUUCUUUUAAAUUAUCUCCGAAGAGAGCCGCCAGAUCGGCCGACUACUUGUCUGUUGGGGUUGCGUGUGGUUUUGUUGGGCAUUCGUGCUCGCAACAUACAGGAGCGAUUAAGAUGUAAAAUUUCCAGGAAGUAUCAAAUUAAUUCAAUAAGCAAGGCCGAUAAGAAGGCUAUCACUUGAGAGUUCCUACGUGUCUAGUAGCUUGACGACUCUCAUUAAGAUGAAUCACUGAUUGUCUGAAAUCUAGACAUCGUUCGUGUCAGCGAGGCUAUACUACUGGGGAAAAGGAGACAGUGCGUUGCGGGUCGUCUGUCACGGACAUUGUGGUUUAGAAGUGGUUGUAGGAAGCGUGUGCAGAACUGAACGAUUGACUCGUUGACGAAGUACUGUGGCCUGUCUGCGGAUACGUAUUUAUACGGCACGUAGUAGAGUUUACUCUACAAGAAUGUUCUUCCGGACGAAGCACACUGAUUUUGUCUGCUGAAAGUUGGAGAGGCGGGGCUGUCGACGUUCAACGGCGUUGCCCCAGAGGCAUGUCUACCGAGACGUGCGUCAUCAGAGAUACUGGAUGAUUACUUUUAUCGCAGAUUCAGUCGAAUGUGUUUUUAAACAGUCAUUUAAGUAUAAAUAGAAUCUGAGUGGA